AUGAAACUCGAAAUUAUCGUGCUCGCCGCAGGUCAGGGAACACGUAUGCAGUCCAGCCUGCCAAAAGUGUUGCAUCCGGUAGGCGGCAAGCCAAUGCUGAUGCGUGUGCUGGAUUGCGCCGCUUCGCUUUCGCCGGAAAAAAUCCACGUUGUAACGGGAUUUAAGAGUCAACAGAUCGAGGACGUUAUCACGCAAUUUUCCCCGAAAUGGCUGCCCAGUAUUAUUUGGGCAAACCAGACCGAACAGAAUGGCACGGGGCAUGCGGUCAUGCAGGCAAUGCCAAAUGUCGAUCCGGCGUCGCGCUGCCUAAUAUUGUUUGGUGAUGUGCCACUGGCUGACAGUGCCGUACUGAGCAAUCUGGUCCGGUCAGAAGCAACUCUGGCAUUACUCACGGCAACGCCUGAAAAUCGCGAGGGUCUGGGACGCAUCCUGCGCGACGAACGUAACCACGUAACCGGGAUUGUGGAACAAAAAGAUGCCACGGAAAUACAGAAAUGUAUCGGAGAAAUCAAUACCGGCAUGAUGAUGUGCGAGGGAGAGGCACUGGCGGGCUGGCUCAACCGACUCGGCAAUGACAAUAGCCAGAGAGAAUAUUAUUUAACGGAUAUCGUUGCGUUGGCAGUUGCCGACAGCAAACCGGUUGACGCCAUUAUCGCCGAAGACCCCGAUCGCUUCAUCGGGGUGAAUUCGAAAAGAGAUCUGGCAACCGCCGAACGCUACCUGCAAAAGUUGCUGGCGGAUCAGCUAAUGCGACAGGGUGUCACCAUCACUGACCCGGCUCGAAUAGAUAUCCGCGGUUCUGUAGAUUUUGGACACGACUGUUCUGUCGACAUCAAUGUCAUUUUCGAAGGCGAUGUCAGUAUUGGCUCCAAUGUCACAAUAGAAGCCAAUUGCAUCAUUCGUGACAGUAAUAUUGGCGACCACAGUCACGUUUAUGCCAAUUCGCUGGUACAGCAGGCAUCACUGGGCAAACGCUGUCAUAUUGGCCCAUACGCACGUUUGCGUCCCGAUACCGUGCUGGAAGAUGAUGUUCGUAUUGGCAACUUCGUAGAGGUCAAGAAAAGCCAUAUUGCCAAAGGCUCAAAAGCAAACCAUCUGGCCUACGUAGGUGACUCUACUGUAGGAAAAGAUGUAAAUAUCGGGGCGGGUGUUAUCACCUGUAACUACGACGGCGCCAAUAAGUAUCAAACUAUUAUUGGUGACGGUGUCUUUGUCGGCUCAGAUUCCCAGCUGGUCGCACCAGUAACGAUUGAAUCCGGCGCAACCAUUGGAGCCGGCGCGACAAUUACCAGAAAUGUAGCAGCGGGUGACCUAGCAAUUUCAAGGGCGAGGCAAACUGCGAUUAAAAACUGGCGCAGGCCAGUGAAGAAGAAGUAA